AGGGCAUGCUUUGGCGACGCGCGUUCGUAUCAAUAACGCGACCCAAUAUCCUUCUUGCUCGCACACCGCGCAUCCCUCCCCUCGCCAGCGCUUGCAAGCUCUCCUAUCCGACAAUGCCACGCCCAAAGCGCAAGACGUCCAGCAGCUCCAAUGCACAGUCGGAUUCUAGAGACGGCAACGCGCCCGCGGCCAAGCGCGAAAAGCCCGACUUGUCGCGUCCGCAUCCCCAUGCGAAAGAUACCGAGGAUUUCGGCAUCGUGCUUCGCGAAUACUACCCUCCUGAGAUGUGUAACGAGCGCGUGCACGCCUACAAUGACGGGACGCUAGAACGACCUAUCGAGGAACUGCAGAGAUCUUACCAAAAUACCCUGGAGACGCGCGAGUCCAUCCAGCCCGGGGCGGCGGUGGUGCACUGGUUCAAAUCCGAUCUGCGACUCCACGAUAAUCGCGGCUUACAGAUGGCAUACCAAGUGGCACGCGAACACAAAAUUUCCCUGAUCUGUAUGUACAUUCUGUCGCCACAGGAUUUGACGGCGCAUCUGUCUAGUCCCGCGCGAGUGGACCUGACGUUACGGACGCUGAAUGUGUUGAAGAGAGAUUUGAAUGAGCUGGAUAUCCCUCUGUACAUGGAAACACAAGAGAAGCGCAAGGCUAUCCCCCAGCGCAUCGUGGACCUUUGCAAGGAAUGGCGCGCCAAUCAUCUCUUUGCGAAUAUGGAGUAUGAGGUCGAUGAGUUGCGUCGGGAGGCAAAACUGGUCCGUAUGUGCGCCGAGAAUGGAGUUCGCUUCGAGACAGCUCAUGAUACCUGCGUGGUCACGCCUGGGAAGCUCCAUAGUCAGCAAGGUAAACAGUAUGCUGUCUAUAGUCCCUGGUUCCGGACUUGGUGUGCUUUUCUCAAGGAGAACCCUGAAUACCUUGAGGUGGCGGAGGAGCCGGGAUCUAACCCUGGUGAUGCGCGGAAGAGUUUCGGAGAGCUAUUCGAAAGCGAGGUGCCUGCAGCACCCGAGAAUAAGGUCCUACCUGAUGAGGAAAAGGAACGGUUUCGUAAGUUAUAUCCAGAAGGCGAGCACGAGGCUCUGCGACGGCUCGAGGCCUUUCUGGAGGAGAAGGCCAGGGAUUAUGACGAUCAGCGCAACACGUUGCCUGGAGAAACUACCUCAGUUCUUAGUCCGUAUUUUGCGUCCGGCUGCCUCAGUGCGCGUACAGCCAUAGAUCAAGCGCGCAAAGCGAACAAAGGUCUCCUUGACCGUAACCAACCGGGCUACAUGUCAUGGAUCAGUGAGGUCGCCUGGCGUGACUUCUACAAACAUGUCCUGGUCCAUUGGCCUUUUAUCUGUAUGAAUAAAUGUUUCAAGCCAGAGUUUACGAAUCUCGAAUGGGAAUACAACGAAGAACAAUUCGACGCCUGGAGUCAAGGCAAAACCGGAUUCCCGAUCGUCGACGCCGCCAUGCGGCAGCUGAACCACGCUGCGUGGAUGCACAAUCGCACACGAAUGGUAGUUUCAUCCUUUCUGUCCAAGGACUUAUUGAUUGAUUGGCGCCGUGGGGAGCGGUAUUUCAUGGAGCACCUGAUUGAUGGGGACUUUGCGUCCAACCACGGAGGAUGGGGCUUCGGAUCGAGUACCGGAGUUGAUCCGCAGCCGUACUUUCGGAUCUUUAACCCUGUUCGACAAAGUGAGCGAUUUGACUCCGACGGGGAAUACAUCCGCAAGUGGGUGCCCGAGCUUCGGGCGGUGGAGGGGAAUGCGAUCCAUGAUCCCUAUGGCCGGGGAGCUGGUGAGGUGGCAAAGAAGAAUGGCUAUCCCAAACCCAUCGUUGAUCACGCGAAGAGUCGAGAUCGAGCGUUGGCACGCUAUAAAGCGGCUCAGGGCCACUGAGGUGCUGAAGAGGGUGAAGCCAAACUGGCUCUGGGUUAGGGAUACUAUAUGC